GGACCCAACAACGUUAGGAGUCUUCUGUAUAAAAGAGCACAUCACACUUCCACUACGAUCACAAGCAUGGAAUUGCGCUCCACCGAUGAUCGAGGCGCUGUUGGCUGAUUCCAUUGCCGUUUGUACGUAGAGUAGAGAGUAGGAGCACCGCCGUUCGGCGUUUUGCGUGGAGGCGAGCGGAGGGGUUGACGCUCAGGCGCUAAGUCUUUCCUUUCCUGGACGCAGCGCAGAGCAGCGGCCAUAGAUUUCCAAACGCGUUGUGUGCUCGUUAGCAUCCUACUGGUAGCAAUCGCUGUCCUCGAUUCGUCUUCAACUUCGUGAAGAGCGCAGCGGCCGGAAGAAGAAGACGGCGACAGUGACGAUGCAGAAAGGGUUCCGGUCGUUCUCUCCCAUGGCGGCAAUGGCAACGCUGUUGCUSCUCACCAUCCUCGAGUUGGCCGUGCACGGAUACGCUCAAGCUCCGGCGCCUGGAACCGUUACGAUUGAUGGUGUUACUUUUGAUGGUGAUGGCUGUUCGAGCGAAACUGUUAAGUACUCCUUCUCAAACGACGCGCAGGCGCUCACUGUCAUGUACAGCAGCUUCACUGCUACGACGGACCAAGGGCAACUUAACCUGAGGAAGGUCUGCACCUUGACCUUUGUGCUUAAUUAUCCUCCUGGCUAUUUCUACACUCUCGGGACUGUCACGGUGCGCGGGUACGCGAAGCUGGACGCCAAGGUGAAGGGUACGGUGAGGAUUGGCUACCACAUAUCUGGUCGUAUAGGUACGGGUUCGGCUACGUACAAUUUCUUUGGACCGUUUGACGAUAACUUCGAGGAAACGUCGAGUUUCGAGAACGGCGUUAGCAGCGAGUGUGGAAGAGUGAGGAACCUCAACCUCGUUACAGAAGGGCGGGUGCAUCCGGGAAAGCCUCCGAAGAGCGGAAUUAUCACCGUGGACAGUACGGAUCUCAAGCUCACGGAAAUUUACUCCAUCAAGUGGAAGAAAUGCUAAGGCCAGCGGAGGGGUUCAUCGCGUGACGAGCUGACGACCUUCCUUGGUAGCCGCCGAGUAAGUGUAGUGGAUUUCAUGUGUUUGUCACUCACUCGCCGGCUGAGACUCGAGCAGGCUAUAGUAGUCCCUAGAGAUAUGUAAUGCUGGCAUAGUUGCUAGAAGAGGGAGAGAGCUGGCAUGGACAGCUACGAGGCAGAUCUCGGGCCGAGUUCAGCGCAAUUGAGCGUUGUCGGGAGUUUGCUAGCGAGCACGCGACUUCUGCACACCGGAAAUUCUUGUCAAUAGCGUCGAUCAUGAUUCUGUUCCAAAGUAGUCAUAUAGGCUCUCUCUCUAUUGCAGACUCUGCUGAAUAUUGCCUUUUAGAA